AUCUUGUGUGGUGGAGAUGGCGCGAGUUUUAUAUUUAUUGCGGGACGAGCUGGGUUGGCGGGAGUUAUACUUCUGGAUUUUGUUGUUGACUACUUUAUUUAGUAAUUUUUCUUUAAACGUGCUUAAAAAAGGAUACAUUUAAAAGCACUGAAAUGGACGGCUUUGGCGUUUAUGCAAUAUUUGGAGUAGAUGAGCCACCACGACUUAUCUUGAGCUGUCGUGAUGGAUGGCAGGACUCAGUUGAGAUCCAGCCUUGUGUCCAGCAGAUCGUUGUCUUCACCAGAGGAGACUGGGGAAAGAAAGAUUCUGUUACAGUGGAACUUACAGAUGAAGAGAACAUGCCCAUUAAUAUGGGAAAACUAACCCCUUUUAGCAAGUGUCUGUCAUGGGAGACUUCUGAGGAUUGUGUCUGGUCCAGAGGAGCAACCUUAACUGUCAAAGUCAACCAGGUUACAAGUGAUUUGUUGGAUCCAGUGCUGACUUUAUCACAGAUGGAGUGUACACCAGAGUGCAACCCCACAGUUUCGGUAUUAAAUGAGUGUAAAGGCAAAAGGAAGAGGUCACAGGGAGAGGAGGAAGAUGAGGUGGAAGAAGGUAGAGAAAAGGAGAAUAUUUGUCCUAAUGGCUCAGGAAAAGUAACGCCUCACAGAAGGGGCAAGACCAAUCCCCGUGGAGGGCAAACACGUCUGUUCCCUCAAAAAGAUGAACCGUCUGCUGCCGCCACUUCUCAGAGCCACAAAGCUAAAGGCAAGCAGGCCAAAAAUCCCUCGCAGAGUGCUCCAUUGGAUAAACCAUCAGGGCGCUGGGGUCAGACUCUUUGUCCUAUUGAUCCACAGACAGCCAUUUUGAUUGGAGGACAAGGUGCCAGAAUGCAGUUCUGCAAAGAUCCAAUUUGGAAACUGUGCACAGAGGAUCUGUCCUGGGUACCUGCCGAAACACUGGCUGAAGGACCCACCCCCGAGGCUCGUAUUGGACAUACAGCAACCUAUGACCCAGAAUCAAAACGUAUCUUUGUGUUUGGCGGCUCAAAGCACAAGAAAUGGUUCAAUGACGUUCACAUCCUAGACACACAAAGCUGGCGCUGGACUUUGGUGGAGGCACAGGGUAAAGUGCCCCCUCUGGCCUAUCACAGCUGCAGUAUGUUCCGUGGAGAGCUCUUUGUGUUUGGAGGAGUGUUUCCUCGCCCCCAUCCAGAGCCAGAUGGCUGCAGUGACUCUAUCUACAUCUUUAACCCUGAAAUGGCAAUUUGGUAUCAACCCAUAGUCAAUGGAGAGAAGCCUGCUCCUCGCUCUGGGCACUCGGCAUGUGUGAUGCAAGGGAGAAUCUUUGUGUUUGGAGGAUGGGACACCCCUGUCUGCUUCAAUGACAUGUUCAUGCUAGACCUUGGUUUAAUGGAAUUUUCUGCUGUUAAGACAAGUGGAGCUGCCCCUUCUCCCAGAAGUUGGCAUGGCUGUGCUGUUGUCUCAGACAGCAGUUUUCUGGUCCAGGGGGGCUACAAUGGGAACAGUGCUCUGAGUGACACCUUCAUCUUCAACACGGUCACCAGUUGCUGGUCUUCCCUGACUCUGCCCCACCUGAAUUCGGUACCAAGAGCUGGGCUUUCCAUCAUAACCAUGCCAUUCACAUGCAAAACGGAAUCUAUGGAUGAGCAGGAGGAAGUUUCAGAGCCAGCCCCAGAAACACUGCUGAUUUUUGGUGGAGGUGACAAUGAAGGGAGCUUCUUUUCGGAUCUUAUAACUGUGCCAGUAAAGGAGAUAAGACAAGACUAAAUGUUUGUGUCAAGAUUCAGUUUAUUAAAUGAGACACUGAGAUGACUCAUUUUUAUAUUACUUUUAUGGUAUGGUGCAUCGACAUGUUUGUAUGUGUGGAUAAUUGUUUAUUUAAAUGGUUCAUAUCUUUCUGUAAAUACUCCAAAUGUGUAAUAGCGCAUCACUCAGGAUUUUGCUCCAUGUCACUUGUUUUUGUGCAAACUAGGGGAAGUCACUCUUUACUUGGUUAUAGGUGUGUUAAAGUGACAGUUCACCCAAAAAUGAAAAUUCUGGGUGAACUAUUCGUUUAAUAGCCUGUAAAAUAAGUCUGAUAAUAUGGACUAUUGAGGGAGUAUUGUCGACUCUACUACAACAAGGCAACUUGUUAGGAAUAAUUAACCCUAAAAUUCUUUAACAUGGUUUCAAUGUUUUUAUUCCCAGUUUUCUGUAGCCAUACAAAAACUUAUUGUGGACAGACUAAAAGUCCAUAUUCUCAAAUUCUGGCCUCCGCUGUAGUUUUACAUCACAUAUGAACCCUUUGGACAUCAAUGCAUCUGUAGAUGUUAUUUGUUUCCAUGUUUCUAAAGCAAUAAUGUCAAACCUGGUACUGUAACUGAUUGAAAAGUUUUAAUGAUAGAGGAAGGGUGUAAAAUUAAAAUUUAGGUCUGUUCUUAGCAUAAAUUCCUAUUGCAUGGCUUUAGACGACUGGGAAUACCACACUUUUAGUAUGGUAUUCUUUUAAAAAUAUUAAGCUUGACAUGCAUGAUCACUGUGACAUUAACAACUAAAGGGUCAUAUGAAUGUUUUUGCAUAUAUUUUAGAAGUAGCAUGAUUUUUUUUGUAAACUAUUGUAACUUCCAGACUUAGUUUUUCUGAAUCACAGCUGUAAGAAUUGAGAUUAGGUCUAUCAGAAGACAUUGUGUCUUUGUGUACAUCUGUCUAUUGGGAUGUUUUAUAUGUGUGAAUUGUAGCUGUAAAUAUUUUUGAAAACCUGUUGAAAUUAAAGUGAUUUAUAUUUCACUGCC